CUUGUGUGUAAGAAUAGGUCGAACCUGCCCAACCCAACUAAGAAAAUUAGAGGAUCAUCUCAACUCCACUGCAGUUUCUAGUUCUACAUUUCAUAUUGGAUAAAGACAUCAAAUGAUGCUCCCUCUAAAUAAGGUUAUGGACAAGAGUCAAAGCCAAGCCAUGUGAUAAGAAAGUUGGUUCAACGCAAGUACAUUAAAAUCAUGGUUUGAGAAACUGAAAGGUUUGCACGAGGGAGGAAACAGUAGAAGAUAAAAUUAAAAUGAAAGAUAAUGAUGAGUAUUACUAGGAUACAAGAUGGAGGAUAAAUGUUUUCGAGAAGAAUAGACAUGAAAUAUGGAAAGAAAUGUUUGUAGAGUGAAAUAAAUCACGGUCUUUCUAUAUCCAUGCGUGUUUGAGUCAACGUACAUGCACCUCGACUACUCUUAUUAGAUAAGAGAUUGACCCUAUGACCCUAUUUCAUUUAGAUGACAAGAAAAUUUGUAAGAUAUAAAAUUCUAGGUAGUUAGCAGGCUGUUUAUUAUAGGCCAACCCAUGAUGGAUGUGAAAGAAACCACAACUAAGAGAGAGAAUAGAAAAGAAACAAGAAAAAGAGUAACCAAAAUAGUCUUUAGCAUAUUCCGUUUAUAUCUAUUGUUGCUGAAUUUUCUCUCUUUCGUUUCUAAAUACAAAUGACAGAUUGAAACGAAGUUUGUACCUAUAUAUAAUUGCAACAUAGAACUUGUACUAGAUAUUUCCUUGACCUAUCAGCCAUGAAAACACAAGGCACCGUUCCUAUGUUCUGAGACAACACCGUGAACUAUCACAGCCCUCUAGCAACAAAACAGAUCAGAACCCUUCCCACAAACUACUGCCUAAAUUGGGACUAAGUUGGGAAAACUCCAACAAUCCAUGUUCAUAAUAUAAUGUCUUUGUCAGGAGUUCCAUGAUUUGUGAAAGUGCACGAGCAGGUAUCAUUGCUUUUUUAGGUAGAAUUUGAAUUAUUCUUUCUAAUCUAAAAUCUUAUGUGAAGAUAUGAAGAGUUUGGAUGAAUGUCAAUGAAAACACGCAACUUCAAUGCAUUUAUACAACUCUCUUAUCUUUUUCCCGGUAAAUAGGUAUUUGUUUCUUUCUGCUCCAUUGGUAAAUAGGUAUUUGUCUCUUAUCUUUCAUUCGGUAAAUAAAUAGGCUGAGAUUACCUAUGGUCUCACAGCUAGAUUUCCUCCUCCUCUUUCUCUACUCUCUCCUUAUUCAUCAAGUAAAGACUUCUUAUGAAGCUUUGCUCCCUUUUGGGUCAGAAAGGGGUAGAGGACCAAAAUAAACCAAUAACUCUUAUGUCAAGCAAUAAGCAGACUAUUAUUGCAUAAGGUCAAUUACUGAUCGCUACAACAAGAUGAAAGAGGAGCAAAAUCAGUUGAUGAACCCUGUUUCAGAACUCCAGUUUUGGAAAAGAGAGGCAGCUGGUUUGAAGCAACAACUGCAUUACAUGCAAGAAUGUCACAGACAAUUAAUGGGUGAAGAACUAUCUGGCCUGAGUGUCAAAGAUCUACAAAAUCUGGAAAGCCAGUUGGAGAUGAGUUUGAAAGGUGUCCGUGUGAAAAAGGAAAAGAUUUUAAGCGAGGAAAUUACUCAACUAAGACAGAAGGUUCCCCCCACUGGGAACCAUAUGCAUCAAGAAAAUCUGGAACUCUACAAGAAAUUAGAUAUGAUUCGUAAGGAAAAUGCAGAACUGCAAACGAAGUAUCAGGUCUAUGGACCCAUGGAAGUGGAUAAAACGAGCAGUAGCACAGUUCAUCAAUUCACUUUUGCCAAUAGAUACGGUAUGCCUGCUCCCGUCCAUCUACAGCUAAGACAGCCACAACCACAGAACAACGAAACAUCAAUACCAGGGAUAAAGCUGGGGUAUGUUCUAGCAAACUGUGUCAUGACAUGAAUUAAAUUGCAUAUCACAUUCAUCUGAAUUUCAACCUAUACUACACAACUUUUACUCCCAGGCCACACUGAAAUAGAUUUAUUGAAACU